UUGGAGGAGUACAUGAAGGCAGGCUAACUUUUCUACGGAUUGUGUACUUUUAGCACGGUGAAGUUUGUUGUUAGCUGUGAUUAAUGUUUAUCUUCUAAAGGGCUCGAUAUGAGCUCAGGAGUCAGAGUGCUUUUAUUCAGGAUAGGAGUGAGUGAACGGUGAGUCAGGAAGAUGAAGAAACGACACAGCUGUUGACGUCAGGCGGUGAUUUCCUUUAUUUCGCAGCUCAAUCAGUUAACUUGGUUGUUUUGGAGGAACUUUGCAAUGUAACGUUAGCUCCUCGCACUGCGGGAUGCGCGCUAUAUAUUCAACCUUUUCUGCGCUCUGUGAAACUCUCUAAAGGCUAUUUGUUGUUUUUCAACUCGAGACUUCAGUGAACUUUGGUGGCAACAAUGUUGGAAAAGCUGUCACGUUAUUUCACCACGGACGGUGAACUUUUUCAUGGAAAGAGUCGGUGGACUUCGGCUGCGGUUGCUGUGCUCCUCCUGGGGUUGUUUGCUUCGUCUUGCUGGGCAGAAGAAGCAUCCUGUCACGGAGCUUACGACCUCUACUUUGUUUUAGACAAGUCUGGAAGUGUCGCUAAUGACUGGGUCGAGAUUUACUCGUUUGUGAAGAACCUCACCGACAGAUUUGUGAGCCCCAGAAUGAGAGUCUCAUUCAUCGUCUUUUCGGCCCAAGCCAAAGUCCUGCUGCCUCUGACUGGAGACAGAUACCAGAUAGAAGAGGGUCUGAAGCUCUUGCGGGACGUGAGACCAGCAGGUGAAACAUACAUGCAUGAAGGAAUAAAAGAGGCCUCAGCUCAGAUACAGACACAAACGACCAAGUCUUCGAGCAUCAUCCUGGCUUUGACGGACGGGAAACUUGAAGUUUACGUUCACGAGCUCACAGUGAAACAGGCUGAUGAGGCGAGGAAAUUCGGCGCCCGUGUUUACUGUGUGGGGAUUAAGGACUUCGAUGAGCAGCAGCUUGCUGAUAUUGCGGACACCAAGGACCAAGUGUUUCCUGUCAAAGAUGGCUUCCACGCACUCAAAGGCAUCGUCAAUUCUAUAUUAAAGCGAUCGUGCACAGAGAUCCUGAGUGUGGAGCCCUCCAGUGUCUGUGUGAACGAGUCCUUCGACAUCGUCCUCAGAGGGAACGGCUUUGCUCUCGGCCGCAGCAAUGAAGGCGUCGUCUGCAGCUUCAUAGUCGGCCAGCAAACCUUUAAUCAUAAGCCGAGUGUGGUGCGUAAUGAUUAUCUGCUGUGUCCUGCACCGAAGCUCUAUGAAGUGGGACAGACUAUGGAUGUUCUCAUCAGCCUAAACCACGGCCAGUCCUUCAUCUCCAGCGCCUACACCAUCACUGCUUCCACAUGUUCAGAUGGUUGGGCGGUGGCGAUAGUCUUCCUGGUGCUGCUGAUCCUCACCGCUCUGGCCCUCAUGUGGUGGUUCUGGCCUCUUUGCUGCACAGUGGUCAUCAAAGACCCGCCGCCACCUCCUCCACCAGCCCGUCCUCCACCACCUGAGCCAGAGGAGCUCCCCAAGAAGAAGUGGCCGACUGUGGACGCCUCCUACUAUGGAGGAAGAGGAGCUGGAGGGAUCAAACGCAUGGAGGUGCGCUGGGGCGAGAAGGGCUCUACCGAGGAGGGGGCCAGGCUGGAGAAAGCCAAGAACGCCGUAGUGUCCAUACCAGAGGAUGUAGAGGAGCCGAUGAUCAAACGUCCCACUCCGAGGGCUGCCCCCACCUACUGUCAAAACGAGACCAAAUGGUACACUCCCAUCAAGGGUCGUCUUGACGCUUUGUGGGCUCUGCUGGGGCGGCAGUAUGACAGAGUUUCCCUCAUGCGACCCACAGAUUCAGACAAGGGUCGGUGUAUUAAUUUCAACCGUGUGCAGCAUCAGUAGAAAAGAAGGACUACUGUGUGAAGACCAACAUGUGCAGAUCGCUAUGGACAAGAGAAGAAAUUCAGUUUUUUUUUUUUUUGGAAGAUCUUUAGUCCUGCAGCUAAAACCACUAUCUGUUCACUCUGCUCUACUUUGUGCACAAAGUUUCGCCUUCUGUUUUUUUUUUAUGCUCUUAGACCUUUAAAGCACACAUGGUGACGUUUUAAUAUUCACUCUUAAUUAUUAAGUUAUUUACUACCUAUUUUCUAUUACCAAAAGAUUUCUUUUAAAUUAAAAAGAAGAAAAAAAGCCGAGCAGAAGCACAGGGCGCCCCAGAACUCAGCACUCAGACUCAGUUAGCUUUUCGUGUGCACCAAAGGCUUAACAUAUUCUGACCAUAUUGUGCCUUCUGUGAAAAACCUAAUUUCGUGGACACAGACGGAAGCUAUCUAAAGAAAGAAAAAAAAAAACUGCAGAAAGGGGGCUGUUUGCCUUUGGCGUGGAAGUCGGAAUAAUCCCAGUGGGCCAUACAAGUGCAGAAGUCCAUUGCCUUUUGGCAAUGUCUCAUCACAAAUCCUCUCCAACUUCGGCAGUGCUGGAUGCCUGGCGGCUGCCCUUUGACUGGCUUAUCUUGUCAUUUUAACACUGAGAAGUGCACACGCAUGACAAAUUGUAGACAGGAUGCCCCAAGGUAUUGGAAGGCACCAAGACUUUGCCCUGUAGUUUUGCGUUGUUGUUUCUUUUUUUUUUCUAAGACACCUUCCUUUCAUUAUGCACUCGGGACAAGAAAAUUAAUAGAGCGUUAUUCGACCGCAGGACAGCCUCCUGACCAGUAUGAUCUCCAGCUAGGUUUGAGGGAUUGAUGCCUUUAAGACCUUGACAUGGCGCUUGGUGUUUUUUGCCCCUGUUUUCAGUGCAGUCUGCUCUGUGCUCAGCAAGGCGUAGCACAUCACAGCCCAUAAACCGGCCUAUCAGUUAAGACUUUUAAGAUAUAGAUAGAGCUGCCUCGACACUCCUCUGCCCACCGUCUCAAUCCUCCGAGGGCUUCCUGGCCGCGUCACAACUCACUAGUUCACUCGGCACCAGAAUAUCAAAGUUUAAUUAAAAUAAUUAAAGGCAACAGCAAGCAGCAGCCUGUGAAGACCUGGCUGUCUCUUUUUUAUGCCUUUUGACGUUGAAUGACCUAUUACUGCGUUAUUCACAGGAAAAAAAAGAGGACACGGCGCCACGGUGAUGGUGCACCACGUCCAAAACGCAAACCCAAAGCAACGGAUGCGAUGGACGGAUAAGUAUUGUUCAUUUCCAGAAAUUAUGUCUCCACCCCAACUCCCUCACCCCAAAAAGCAGGGUAUAUAUAUAUUUAUAUAUAUUGUGGAUUUCUCAAGCAUGCUGUCAUGACGCCAAUCCCAAAUGAUGUUAGUGUGAGCGGAAACACUGUGGGGGAGGAAAGGGGGCAGCAGCUGAAGAAAAAGGCUCGAAUGAUCCAGUCACUUCGGAUGCCGUACUUCAGAUGUAAAAUGGAUAUUCGAGUCGAAACCUGACAAAGCGUGCCAGCUUUGACGGGAAGCGGUAUAGACAAUGACCAGUGGCUGGGUCAGUGGGAUGUCUCUGUGCAAGCAGGGAAGCUUAUCAAAUGACACUAAAAAUAAGUUCAACAACCAUCAAGUUUGAGGGGAAAUGGGUGACCGUCUCACAUUCGGUGGGCACGAGGGCGCGCAGGACAGGCGGCGCGCAACACGCCAGUCUAAUUAUUCCUUUGUUUCCUCUUCGUUCCAAUCGGAGGGACAUAAAUAAUUCCAAAUCAAAUCCUCCGGGUGUGCUGGUAUUUAUGUCUGACUUAAACGUUUUUAGCCUCUUGCAUAAUUUUGCAGGCGGACAUUUAAUAGGCUCAUCAGCCUCUUUCUGGACGGUCGCUGGACGAGGAAAUUUUAGCACUUAGAUCUUGUCUUUUUUUUAUGUUACAACCAAGAGCACAGGAAUGUUAUUAACCCGAACUAAUGAGAUAUUUACAUAGCAGUCACAACACAAGUCGCCCUGCUAAAAACGCGUCGCAAGUUCCCUCUGUGUGCUCUCCACACAUCAUUACACACACAUAGUAUACAUUUUUUUUAUGCCUAGAUUUAAAAAAAACAUAAUUGUUGAAUUUCUUUGUGCCUUUUUUAAAUUGAUGCAUUUGAUGAAAAAAUAAGUAUUUUUGUAUUUCUGCACUUGUUAAAUUAGGUUGUUUUAAUGUCAUUUAAACACCAAAAGUAAAAGAGAGUGUGUUGACAUUUUUUUAAUUUUAAAACAAUUUCACUUCAGCCAAGUUGUUUAACUUUAAAUACAACUAAAACCUAAAAAUGUAGAUUAUCACAAUUGUUGAUACACUUAUUUUAUUUUUGUCAACAUCUUUUUCAAUUUUGGGUUUAAUUUGAUUUCAUGCACGACUUUCUGCGUAGUACAUUAUUUACAUCUAAAUUAAGGUGCAACAUUUGUAAUUUAUCAUUUAAUUAUCUUUAAAAAAAAUGUUUUACAGUUUUUGUCUUUCAUACUGCCUUUUUAUAUUCACGUAGCACCUUGAAGUCCAGGUUCAAGUCACACAAGCUGCACAUAUGUGUGUGAGUUGCAACCGAAAUACCAAAACAGACUUUUUUCCAAAGCUUUUUUUACGAGUUUUACACUGUUUUUAUGUUGUUCUUGUUUUACACUGCAGUCUGUCAAUAUAUAUACAAUGAAAA